AUGCCUCCCGGUCGCAAGAAGCCGACCAAGUUCGAACUCGUCAGGCUCCGCCGACAAGCAAAGGAAGCCGCAACCCAAAACGCCAACAAAGUUGGCUUCCUCAAGUUACCAGCCGAGAUUCGCAACCAGAUCUACGAGCUGGUUGCCCAGAGUCGUCGCCUUCAGUAUCGUGGCCUCAGCGACCAUUACCGAGGCAGCCAAAUCGUGCUUCCAGGACUUCUUCGAACCAGCAGUCAGAUCCGCAAUGAGGCGACCAGCAUCUUCUUCAGCAGCAACAGCUUCCUCGUCCGAUGCAGCUCCAAAGCAGACAACUUCGAUCAAUUCAUGAAAGCCGAGAUCCCAGCACGAGUGAGACGCAUGCCCCGAGCCAUCUUACGCAACAUGACGAAUCUCCGCAUCGCCAUCGACCUCAAACUCGACCAUUGCAAAUACUUUGGAAAAUCCAAUCGCCGGCGGGAACACAUCGCGGAGUUCCAACUAAUCAUGGUGGGCAACAAGUAUACGGUCCACGCCGAAUUCGAUUGCUGCAGAUACCAGAAGUGUGCAGAUGGCAUGGGAGAUGUUAUGGCGGAGUACUACGAGGCCAUGGAGGACAUGAUUUAG